CAGGUCCUCCGAGAGAGAGAAAGAAAGAGAGGAGAGAAUUAGAGAACGCACACUUAGAUUCACACAGGACACCAAAUAGGACAGGAGAAGUACUCCAGAUAUAACAAACUGACCCUAGCCCCCCCACACAUAAACUACUGCAGCAUAAAUACUGGAGGCUGAGACAGGAGGGGUCAGGAGACACUGCCUAAAGUCCAACUAAAGAGGUACGCAGCAGUCUGCAGUGGAUGUGACUGGGGUCGGAUUUACAAAACAUUACUUACGAAAAAACGUAGGAGGUUCAUAAGACAGUUCGUAAAUUCAAUUCCUCAAAAUAUUCUUAGCAAUUCGUAGUUUUCUUAAGAACUUCGUAAAUAUGUUUAUUAUGAACUUCGUUAAAUAUCUUAUGUGGCAUUGACAUUAGUGAUGUGCUUGAAACCAUUAAAUAGCCCUAUGUGACAGGGAGGAUCGGAUUUGAUUAUUACAUUAUAGCCAUCAGAUCAGCUGUAUCAAAAUCAAAAAAUGGAUAACCAAGAAAAGAGAUUGAAGUGAUGGUGGAGGAAAUAGCAGCCAGGAAAAGGUUGCUGUUGGGGAGACUUGAUAACUGCGGGGUCACUGCUGAGACCACCAAGAAAGGAUGGGCGAGAGUGGCCGAGUCUGUUACUGCCGUCGGGGGUAUGGCAAGGGACAGUGACUCCGUAAAAAAACAAGUGGUCCGACAUCAAGCCGGCUGCUAAGAAAAAGGGAUAUGAGAGACCAUUCACGUGGACCAGCUGGAGGAGAAGGUGUCGUCCAUCAUAGAUAUGGUGGUAGAGGGACUGCGCGACCGAUAUGGCUUCCUCCAGCAGUCUCCUGUCUGAAGAGCAGUUCCUGUGCUCUAUCUGUCUGGAUGUGUUCACUGAGCCAGUCUCCACUUCAUGUGGACACAACUUCUGCAUGGCCUGUGUCACAAAGUACUGGGAUAGCAAGGACCCGUGUCAAUGUCCACUGUGUCAGGAGACAUUCUCGAGACGACCUAAGCUUCACAUCAACGCAACCUUCAGAGAAGUUGUAGAGAAUUUUAAAAAGACGAGAGACAGACGUAAAGAUGGGCCCCCUUCCAAACCGGAAAUAGUUCCCUGUGACGUCUGUACUGGGAUGAAGCACAAAGCCCUGAAGUCCUGCCUGGUGUGUCAGACCUCUUACUGUGAGACUCACCUUGAGCCUCAUCAGAUAGCCUUACCCUUAAAGAGACACAAACUGAUCGACCCUGUGGUGAACCUGGAAGACAGGAUCUGUAAGAAGCACGACAGAUUCCUGGAUCUGUUCUGUAGGACUGACCAGACAUGUGUGUGUCAGUUCUGCACUGAAACAGACCACAAGACUCAUGACACUGUUCCUAUAGAGGACGAGUCUGGAGAGAGGAAGGUUCAGCUGGGGAAAACUGAGGCAGAAGUACAGCUGAUUAUCCAGGGGCGACUGAAGAAGGUUAAAGAUAUCAAAUUCUCAGUAGAUCUCAGCAAGAGAGAUGCAGAGAGAGAGAUAGCAGACAGUGUGCAGGUUUUCACUGCUCUGGUGCGCUCCAUUGAGAAAAGCCAGGCGGAGCUAAUUGAGGUGAUUGAGGAGAGGCAUAAAGCAGUAGAGUGUCAGGCUGAAGGGCUCAUUAAAGAACUAGAGCAGGAAAUCACUGAGCUAAAGAGGAGAAGCACUGAGCUGAAGCAGCUCUCACACACUGAGGACCACCUCCAACUUCUCCAGAGCUUCUCAUCCGUGGUGUGCACCCCUCCACCCACCAAGGACUGGUCUGAGAUCAGUGUUCACAGGGCUGUGAGGAGAGCUGUGUCUCAGCUGGAGGAGACAUUGAAUAAAGAGAUGGAGAAGCUGCCUGAGGUCAAACUGAAGAGGAUUCAGCAGUAUGCAGUGGAUGUGACACUGGACCCUGAUACAGCAAAUCUCUUUCUCAUCCUGUCUGACAAUGGGAAACAAGUGAGAACUGGAGACACGGAACUGAAUCUUCCGGACAAUCCAAAAAGGUUUGAUCGUUUUACUGUUCUCCUUGGAAAGGAUGGCUUCUCCUCAGGGAGAUUUUACUAUGAGGUGACGGUUAAGGGUAAGACUAGGUGGGAUUUAGGAGUUGCCAGAGAGUCCACUGACAGGAAGGGGGAUAUCACACUGAGCCCUGAACAUGGAGUUUGGACUAUGAUGCUAAGGGAUGGGAAUGAGUACACAGCCUGUGCCUCACCGCAAGUCCGUCUCUCUCUGAGCGAGAAGCCCCAGAAGGUGGGGGUGUUUGUGGAUUAUGAGGAGGGUGUGGUCUCUUUUUAUAAUGUGGAGGCCAGGUCGCAUAUCUACUCUUUCACUUGCUGCAUCUUUACAGAGAAAAUCUACCCAUUCUUCAGUCCCUGUAGUGAUGAUAGUGGUAAAAACGCAGCCCCUCUCAUCAUCUCUCCUGUCAAUCACAAAUACUGAUUAAACAAAGGACUUAAUCUUUCUUUAAAGCUGCAAUAUGUAACUUUUUGGGCGACCCGACCAAAUUCACAUAGAAAUGUGAGUUAUACAUCUGUCAUUCUCAUUCGAAGCAAGUAUAAAAAGCGGUAGAUCUGUUGUAUGUGCAUUAUUUCUAUGCUUCCCGCUAAUUACAUUUCAUUUUGGCAUCUUUUACUUUCAGGUUUUGUACACCACCUUCAAACAGCUGAAAAUACAAUAUUUUGGGAUGUGGAAAAGAUAUUUCACAGCGGUUUAGAUGGUACAAUGAUUCUCAACACUAUACUUGCUUUUUUUUGGUCAAAAACUGAAAUUAGGCGAACUAUUAGAAUUUUAGCAACCAGGAAACGGCAGAGUGAUUUCUUUAUUGUGCAUCUUUAAGUUGGUUGUUGAUACUGUAUACGUGAAUGUGAUAAAGGACUUACUUUUCCUUUGAUCUGGUUGUGGAUCUAGGUUAUUGUGAAAAAGGACUUUAAGCUGGUUAUUGAUAUGGCAUAAGUGAAUGUGGUAAAGGACAUACUCAGCCUUUAAGCUGGUUGUUGAUACGGCAUAAGUGAAUGUGGUAAAGGACAUACUCAGCCUUUAAGCUGGUUAUUGAUACUGUAUAAGUGAAUGUGGUAAAGGACAUACUCAGCCUUUAAGCUGGUUAUUGAUACUGUAUAAGUGAAUGUGGUAUAGGACAUACUCAGCCUUUAAGCUGGUUAUUGAUACUGUAUAAGUGAAUGUGGUAAAGGACAUACUCAGCCUUUAAGAUGGUUAUUGAUACGGCAUAAGUGAAUGUGGUAAAGGACAUACUCAGCCUUUAAGCUGGUUGUUGAUACUGUAUAAGUGAAUGUGGUAAAGGACAUACUCAGCCUUUAAGCUGGUUAUUGAUACUGUAUAAGUGAAUGUGGUAAAGGACAUACUCAGCCUUUAAGCUGGUUAUUGAUACUGUAUAAGUGAAUGUGGUAAAGGACAUACUCAGCCUUUAAGAUGGUUAUUGAUACGGCAUAAGUGAAUGUGGUAAAGGACAUACUCAGCCUUUAAGCUGGUUGUUGAUACUGUAUAAGUGAAUGUGGUAUAGGACAUACUCAGCCUUUAAGCUGGUUAUUGAUACUGUAUAAGUGAAUGUGGUAAAGGACAUACUCAGCCUUUAAGAUGGUUAUUGAUACGGCAUAAGUGAAUGUGGUAAAGGACAUACUCAGCCUUUAAGAUGGUUAUUGAUACGGCAUAAGUGAAUGUGGUAAAGGACAUACUCAGCCUUUGAGCUGGUUCCACAGUACUGCACUUUGAAAAAGGACAUACUUUUCCUUGGAGCUGGCUGUGGAUCUAAGACGGUGUGUGAUAAGGGAAAUAAUGUGCCUAUAAGCUGGUUGUUAGUUUAGGAACAUUGACUGAAGAGUGACUGAAUACUUACUUUUCUUUUGAGCUGAUGGUACAGUGCCUUCAGAAAGUACUCAUACCCCUUGACUUAUUCCAGAUGUUGUUGUGUUAUAGCACAAACUCAAAAUAUAUAAUUUUACACACAGUACCCGAUAAUAACGAAGUAAACAUUUUUUUAUAUAUGUGUCACGUUCUGACCUUUGUUUUAGUAUGGUCAGGGCGUGAGUUGGGUGGGUUGUCUAUGUUCGUUUUUCUAUGUUGUGUUUUGUGUUUGGCCUGGUAUGGUUCUCAGUCAGAGGCAGGUGUCAUUAGUUGUCUCUGAUUGAGAAUCAUACUUAUGUAGCCUUUUCCCACCUGUGUUUGGUGGGUGAUUGUUUCCUGUUUUGUUGAUUGUGUCACCAUUCAGGACUGUUUCAAUUUUCGUUUCUAUUCACUUGGUUAUUUUCGUAUUUAGUCGUGUUCAGUUCUUAUUGAAGUAUCAUGGACACUUACCACGCUGCAUAUUGGUCCGAUCCUUGCUACUCCUCCUCAGAAGAGGAGAGCCGUUACAAUAUGCUACCAUUCAAAUGUUUGGGGUCACUUAGACACUUCCUUGUUUUUUAAAGAAAGCUAUUUUUUUGUCCAUUAAAAUAACAUCAAAUUGAUCAGAAAUACAGUGUAGACAUUGUUAAUGUUGUAAAUGACUAUUGUAGCUGGAAAUGGCAGAUUCUUAAUGAAAUAUCUACAUAGGCUUACCGAGGCCCAUUAUCAACAACCGUCACUCAUAUAUUCCAAUGGCACGUUGUGUUUAGCUAA